CGAGUUAAUUACUUGCCUUCUUUCCCACUUGGCUUCUAAAGAUUAUUGCUUUGUCCAGUUGGGUUCUGACCCACCGUUUUAAAUUUUCAGCCACGCACAAGAAUUGAAACCCAAACGAAAAUCACUGUCAUUUCUCUGCAAUUCCAUGCAUUUCUUUUUCUGGGUCAUUAUUAAUUUCCCCUCUUAUUUCAUUACCGUAUUGUAUUCUUCUUGAACUUCUCUCUGUUUCUUUGGGGGAGUUGAUGCACAAGGCAGGGGUUUUCAUACCCAAGAACCUCGUGUUACUGCAUGUGGGGCUUUGCAAUUUAGUGUUUCUACACAGUCAAAUCUUGUGGUUUUUAGCUUUUGGGGUUCUCACUUCACUGGGACUUGCGUUGCCAUUUCGAUUUGGGUUUACAUAACUUCUGUUUCUACGACUUGAGGAGUUGGAAGCAUUUGAAAAGGGACUCUGUUGUUUCAAUUGAUUUCUUUGUUCAAUACUCGCAAUAGGUCAUAUUAAGUUUGUCUCAGCUGGUUUUUGAGCUUAAGUUUUUUCUCAGAGCCAAGGGGACAGACCCAAAAAAGGGGAAAAGCAAAGAAAACUUUUGUCUCCAUCAAUUGGGCAAAAUCCUAAGAUAAAUUCACCCUUCUUCGUUUUUCACUUUCAUGGAGUAUUGGGACCUGGAAACACUUUGAUAAAGCAAACACGGGUUUCUUUCUAAUUAUUUGGCAUGACCAUUGAUGACCUUCUAAUUGAUCGAGGUCUGUUAAGACUGCCAGGUUGGUGUGUAAGUGGAGCUUUGAAGAACAUACUAGAAGGGGUUUCUCAGAAAGUUGUUGAAGAUGGCUGAAAAUGAACAGGAGAUUCGAUCUUUGGCUUUGACUCCCACUUGGUCUGUUGCUUCUGUGCUGACUAUUUUCGUUGCAGUCUCUUUGCUUGUGGAGCGGUCCAUUCACCGGUUAAGCACUUGGUUGGGGAAAACUAAUCGAAAGCCACUGUUUGAGGCAGUGGAGAAAAUGAAAGAAGAGUUGAUGCUGCUUGGAUUUAUUUCUCUCCUUUUAACAGCUACUUCAAGCUCAAUAUCAAAUAUCUGUAUCCCAUCAAAGUUCUACAAUACCCCUUUUACUCCAUGCACCAAAGCUGAGGCUGACGAACAUGAAGAUGACAGUUCAUCUGAGGAACGAAAACUAUAUACAGCUUCUGUAUUACCCCAUUUGUUUAGGCGGAUGCUUAAUGUGAACAAGAAAACCUGCAAAGAGGGAUAUGAGCCGUUUGUUUCAUAUGAGGGUCUUGAGCAACUGCAUCGCUUUAUCUUUAUAAUGGCAGUAACUCAUAUAUCUUAUAGCUGCUUAACAAUGUUACUGGCGAUUGUGAAGAUUCACAGAUGGAGAGUUUGGGAGAAUGAAGCCCACAUGGACAGACAUGAUUCACUAAAUGAUAUCACCAGAGAAAUGACAUUGCGGAGGCAAUCAACCUUUGUUCGAUAUCACACUUCAAAUCCUAUGACAAGGAACAGUUUUCUAAUCUGGGUGACAUGUUUUUUCCGGCAAUUUGGGAAUUCUGUAGUUCGUGCUGACUACCUCACACUUCGCAAGGGCUUCAUCAUGAAUCACCAUCUCUCCUUGACUUAUGAUUUCCACAGUUACAUGAUCCGCUCCAUGGAAGAAGAAUUCCAAAGGAUAGUUGGCGUGAGUGGUCCAUUGUGGGGAUUCGUCGUUGCUUUCAUGCUGUUUAAUGUAAAAGGCUCUAAUCUGUAUUUCUGGAUAGCAAGCAUUCCUAUUGUUCUUGUUCUUUUAGUGGGCACCAAGCUGCAACAUGUCAUUGCAACAUUGGCAUUGGAAAGUGCUGGUAUAACUGGUUCAUUUUCGGGUUCAAAGCUAAAGCCAAGAGAUGAUCUUUUCUGGUUUAAGAAGCCUGAACUCCUUUUGUCCUUGAUCCACUUUAUCCUUUUCCAGAAUGCAUUCGAGUUGGCAUCAUUCUUCUGGUUCUGGUGGCAAUUCGGGUAUAAUUCUUGCUUCAUCAGGAAUCAUAUGCUUGUCUAUGCAAGGCUUAUUUUGGGAUUUGCUGGGCAGUUCCUUUGCAGCUACAGCACCUUGCCCUUGUAUGCUUUGGUUACUCAGAUGGGAACAAACUAUAAAGCUGCAUUAAUUCCACAAAGAAUAAGGGAAACAAUCCAUGGAUGGGGGAAGGCAGCUAGAAGGAAAAGAAGGCUUCGCAUGUUUGCAGAUGACACCACGAUUCACACUGAAACAAGCACGGUGAUGUCACUUGAGGAUGACGACCGUCGGCUUAUUGAUGAUACUUCUGAAACUACUGUCGACUAUACGUCAAUCGAACUACAGCCGACUUCUGUACACGAUGGACCUGAAUCUGUUCCUAAUGAACGGCCAAGCAGGGCUAGAACGCCUCUUCUACAACCCUCUACAUCUCUUUCUACGUCAGUUGAUCAUAAGUUUGAGGUAGAAAACUUUAUGAGAAGCUUUUCUAUGCCAGUCAAAAGAUAGCCCGUAGGAUUAUAUUGGCCUUGAUAACAAUGUCGAAGCAGCAAUGAUAGUUACGUCGAAGCAGCAAUGAUAGUCAAAAUUAGAUUAGUGUAAGAUUCAACCGAAAUCAAGUGUUGAGAAUAUUUGAGGGUAGAUGUUUAUAGGAAGGAGAUACUCAUACAGAACACGAACUUAUGAAAUUCAGCUUUUGUAACAUAGGAAAUCUGAUAUGUAGAGAAAAAGUUAUGUAUUGAUAUUAGAGUGGUAUUAUAAUAAGAAAAUGAAUUCAAAUCA